AUGGGCGUUUGUGCCUCGGUGUCUCAGAAGCGGACAAAGGGCGAGUGUGGAAUGCGGCCGCACCAGCUGCGCGGCAGAGCCCGAGGUGGCAAGGGGGAGGUGUUUGCGGCAGCGACUGCGAUCGAGAACGGGCACGGGCGCGACGGGCGUGAUGGCGGAGAGGGCGUGGUUGGUUGGCUGGCGGUGUUCGGGGAUUUCAUGCGGCUUGUCGCUCGAGCUUCUAGUGCAGGACCAGACGACAGGCAAACAGGCGACAGGCGCGCGGUGCCGUCAACGGCCCUCACUGCGACGCUCUGCAAGACGGGACGCGGGAAGCACACCUCUCCCGUACCAGGGCGCGGUGCGAGGGAGGGCGAUGCAUGCGGCAAUCCGGCGGCAAUCCAGCGGCGCGCUGUCGGGGGUGUUCGGAUGCGCGUGGCAGGCGAUGUGGUGGACUCGGUCGUGCCCAAGCAAGGCGAUGCGUCUCCUUCUCACCGCGACAAGGCCAAGGGUUGGUAG